AUGGAUGAACUACUGGAACAAGAGCGAGUCAACCGCUUAGACAACAACCACGAAAAGCAAUUACAGACAUUCACAUCCAUGCUAUCACUUUGUGAGUCGGAAAAUGAUCUUUUGAUCCUUUUAAAGCUUCUUUCUAAGAAAAAGAAUCAGAUUAAAAUUAGUUACCAGUGGCUGAUUGACAAAGUAUUUGAAAUGCAUAAGGACGGGCUAGACAGUGAAGAAUUCCCCGAAAGGAACGUGAAAUUUAUGGUCGAGGUUUUGACGAGUGUGAUCGAGGGGAAGUUGUACUUGGAGAAGCAGCGUCGAGACUAUGCAAACUACAUAAAGAAAAUUUAUGAAAAAUUUAAUAUGUGUGAUAAGGCCCUUGAGAUUGCGUAUAACGUGCCCAUAGAGACAUUUAGCAGCCUUAGCUUGCAUGAGAUUGCGAUUUAUCAGCUGGAUGUUCUGAAACUGUGCAUUUUAACCAAGGAUUUUAUAAGAGCCGAGAUAAUGGUUAAGAAGGUAAAGAAGAAGCAUUUAGAAGCGGUGAAUGACAAGGUUUCUGUUUUCAUGUUGGCUUUACUCAAAACGGAUUAUUUUGGAAUGACGGGAGAUCUGUUGGAAGCAACAAAGAUCCUAAUGGAAAUCCUUGAAAUGCCUGAUAGCAGCGAUCAGAAGUACGAAGUACCCCAGUUCACACAUUUUUUCGAGCUGGGAGGCUGUGCUGAGCAUUUAAACCGAAAAAUCAAGGAGGUCUUUUGCAUCUACGCAUCGUUUUUUGCUAUUCUGUCGAACAAAAUGAAAGAAAAAACGGAGUAUCUCGAGCGGCUGCACAAAAACAAGUACAAUGUGGAAGAGAUAAGGAAGCAAAUCGAUUAUUUCAGGAGUAUUGAGCUCAUUGACAAGGAGAAUGUCAUGCUUGUACUCAGACGAAUAAACAGUUCGUACGAGAAGGAAAUUUUAGAUGCAAUUAAUGAUCACAAUUUGCGAAUAAUAAGCCGAUUUUGCUCAUCGAUCACUUUUGCUGAUCUGUCUGCUCUUCUUAUGUCACCGUUGAACAAAUGUGUUGAGCAAAUCUGUGAUGAAGUUAACAACCACGACCUGCAGUGUAAGAUAGAUCAGAACAACGGUGUGGUAUUCUUUGAAAAUACGGAGGAGUGCUAUCCAGAGAUGAUUAACCAUGUGCUACUCAAUGUUGAUAAAGCGGUCAUGAACAUCAGGAAAGAAACACUGAAGAGACAAGUUGCGAUGAUGAGGCGUAAAGAUUAAAAUACAUCGUUGCAGUUCGGUCUUUUAACUUAUCAUGGUGUUUCUGUCAUCACAGAGCAGUACAGCCAGUGGCAAUAAAAACAUUCCACAUUUUUACGAUGUGCCGCGUUGGUAUUCGCAUCCUUUCUACCGCAAC